AUGGAAGAGCGCAAGAAGAUUAUCAUUGAUACUGAUCCUGGAAUCGAUGAUGCAAUGGCGAUAUUCGUGGCUCUAAAAUCACCAGAAGUUGAUGUGAUUGGCCUCACUACUAUCUAUGGGAACGUCUACACCACUCUCGCCACUCGAAACGCCUUGCACUUGUUGGAGGUUGCGGGUAGGACGGAUAUUCCUGUGGCUGAAGGAACACAUAAAACUAUUCUGAACGGUACAAAGCUUCGGAUUGCUGACUUUGUUCAUGGAAAAGAUGGGCUUGGCAACCAAAAUUUCCCUCCACCUAAAGGAAAGCCGAUUGAAAAAUCUGCACCUGAGUUCUUAGUUGAGCAAGCUAAGCUUUACCCUGGCGAAAUCACUGUUGUUGCUUUGGGACCACUAACAAAUAUCGCCCUGGCUGUUCAGCUAGAUCCUGAGUUUUCGAGAAAUGUCGGACAAAUUGUUCUUCUUGGUGGAGCAUUCGCAGUAAAUGGAAAUGUAAAUCCAGCGUCGGAAGCUAAUAUUUUUGGUGAUCCAGAAGCUGCAGAUAUUGUCUUCACAUGUGGGGCCGAUAUAAUUGCUGUGGGAAUCAACGUGACCCAUCAAGUUAUUAUGACAGCUGAUGACAGGGACAAAUUGGCAUCAUCGAACGGGAAAUUAGCUCAAUACCUCUGUAAAAUCCUUGGUGUGUACUAUUCUUAUCAUCUUGAUGCUUAUGAGAUCCAAGGUGUUUAUCUUCACGAUCCUACAACGAUUCUUGCGGCUUUCCUACCUUCUCUGUUCACUUAUACCGAAGGAGUUGUUAGAGUGCAAACAAACGGCAUCACUAGAGGACUCACUUUACUGUACAACAAUCGAAAGAGGUUUGAGGAAGUGACCGAGUGGUCAGACAAACCAUCGGUAAAAGUGGCAGUGACGGUUGAUGCUCCUGCGGUCUUGAAGCUCAUAAUGGAUAGGCUUAUGGAGUCUUGA